AUAUCUCGGGUAGGGCCAGACUCCAGUGAACUCACCCACAGCCUUGUGGCCGGGAAAACAGUCUGACGCACAUUCACGCCAUUGUGUCCGUGGAACCAGCAGAUCAAUUAGUGCCAAUUAAAGAAGAAGUUGCGCUUUGGACGUGCGUUUUUUUUUCACUUUGUCUUGGAGCUCAGUGCUCGGUGGUGAUAUCAGACCAAUGCGGGAUAGUGAUCGGAGUUGACGAGCCGCUCCACUACUGUAUCCCCCCCCUCCCCCCCCUUUCCGCACAACCAGGAAAUCCACCGCCGAGGUGUGCUCCUUCUUUAUCCGGCUUGUAGCUCCCCCUCUACGGGUGUUAGAUGUACGUUGACGGGCUUUUGUCGGGUUCUUUACGUUAUCCGGUUGCUUCUUAAACCCGGGCUUUUGAUCUGAAGACACCCGGACUGCACCCGAGGAGAGGACCUCCACCCCGGCGGAACAAUGAGUGAGUCGAGUAUCUGCCAGGCUCGGGCCACGGUGAUGAUCUACGACGAUGGCAACAAGAAGUGGCUGCCGGCGGGCACCGGGCCACAGGCCUUCAGCAGGGUGCAGAUCUACCACAACCCCACCAACAAUGCCUUCAGGGUGGUGGGGCGCAAGAUGCAGACGGACCAACAGGUGGUCAUCAACUGUCCAAUCGUGAAGGGUCUGAAGUACAACCAGGCCACGCCCAACUUCCACCAGUGGCGUGACGCGCGGCAGGUCUGGGGGCUGAACUUUGGCAGUAAGGAGGACGCCACGCUGUUCGCCAACGGCAUGAGUCACGCGCUGGAGGUGCUCGGCUCCAUGGCAGACGCAGGUUACGCCACCCUCCCCCGCCCAGUGUCCAAUGGCCCGUCCCCAGAGGAGCUGGAGCAGCAGCGGAGAGCCGAGCAGCAGAAGCUGGAACAGCUGGAGAGAGAGCGCCAGGAGAAGGAGAGGAAUGAGAGAGAGAGGCUGGAAAGGGAGAGGAUGGAGAGAGAGAGACAAGCUGCUGCAGUUUCCAUUCCCCCAGCUCCCCCAGCUCCCCCUAUGGGCGCGGGGGCUCCCCCGCCGCCACCACCGCCCCCUCCUCCACCCCCCGGCCCGCCUCCUCCCCCCUCUGGGGGCGGCGGCCCUCCCCCUGGUGGCGGGAUCCCUCCCCCUCCUGGACCACCUCCACAACUCGGGGCAGGUGCCCCACCCCCGCCGCCGUUGCCCCCCGGUGGCGGAGGGGAUAGCGGAGGAGGAGGAGGAGGGGGGUUAGGAGGCCUGGCAGGGGCACUGGCAGCAGCUAAACUCCGGAAAGCAUCCAAGCAGGAGGAUGCGGGGGCUGCUCUGGGGAGGACCGACUCCAGCCGCAGCUCUAACUCUUCCAGUGGAGGGGGAGGGGGUGGAGGUGGAGGAGGCGGAGGUCUGAUGGGGGAGAUGAGUGCCAUACUGGCACGGAGGAGAAAAGCUGCAGACACUGGAGAGAAGGUGCCUGCAAAGACACAGGAUAAUGAUGAUUCUGAGUCUGCCAGCCAGAACGACACUCGUAAACCGUGGGAGAAGUCGUCGAUGAGCAGGAUAAACUCCGUCUCCAAGAACAUGGACUCCACUUCCUCAUUGCCCCAGGGUUCCAGGGUGAAGACGGGGGGCGGUGCUGGUAAUGGUAAUGAUGCCGGAGGAGGCGACGACACAGAUCUUGAGAAAAUGAAACAGGAAAUCCUAGAUGAGGUGAGGAAGGAGCUACAAAAAGUCAAGGAGGAGAUCAUUGGAGCCUUUGUUCAGGAGCUUCAGAAGAGAAGCACAUGAGGAUCAGAGGAUUGAGUUUGGAUACGGACCUGCAUGGGUUCUUCCUCACUGCCCCCUCCUGCUCAGCCCAGGGAUUUAUAGUCCUCUCCAUCUCU